AUGGUCGACCACAAGAUCGAUGAGCGCCGAGAGAGCGCGAUCGAGUCGUCCUACACCUACCCCGUCAAAGGCGGGUUCUUCCAGCACUCCCGCGCCUACAUCAUGGCCGCUAUCGGCUUCAUGGGCAUCUUCCUUUUUGGCUACGAUGCCGGCCUGGGAGCAGGCGUGCUUGCCCUCCCGACGUUUCAGAACGAAUUCGGCCUCGCCGACGCCAACGGUAAACCCGUCCCCAACCUGGAGACAUUGCAAGGUAACAUCGUCUCGAUUCUCCAGGGUGGUGCCUUCUUCGGUGCUCUGUUCGGCGCACCAGUCGAGGACCGCCUGGGCCGCAAGAAGGCUCUCAUGAUCGGUUCCGUCAUCUUCAUGAUCGGUGGUAUCAUCCAGACUGCCGCCUUCUCGUCCCUUGACCAGGUCUACGUUGGCCGCUUCGUUGCCGGUUUCGGUGUUGGUGCCAUGUCCACAGUCUGCCCAACCUACGCCUCCGAGAUUGCGCCCAAGGAGAUCCGCGGCCGCAUCACUGGUCUCUUCCAGAUUGUCGUCGUCAUCGGUGUCGCCUUCUCCUUCUGGAUCAAUUACGGCGUCUCGUUCAUGGACGCCAGCGCCGGUGCCAUGCAGUGGCGCAUCCCCAUCGGCUUCCAGAUCGUCCCCGUCGGCAUCAUGAUGCUCCUCCUCCCCUUCCUUCGCGAGUCGCCCCGCUGGCUCGCCAUCAAGCACCGCGACGAGGAGGCUCUCACCAGCCUUGCGUGGAUCCGCAAGGCUUCCGAGGACGACCCGGCUGUGCGGCUGGAGAUGGCCGAGAUCACCGCCUCGAUCAAGGAGUCUGAGGCUGCCACCUCGGGCGCCAGCUGGCGCGAGGUCUUCCGCAAGGGCAACCGCUUCCGCUUCCUCAUCGCCUUCGUCAUGUUUACCCUCCAGCAGUGGUCUGGCCAGAACUCGAUCUCAUACUACGCUCCCAUCAUCUUCAAGUCGAUCGGUCUCCGCGGUCCCCACACCGGCCUGCUCGCGUCGGGCAUUUACGGCCUCGUCAAGAUCGCUGCCACGUCCAUCUUCAUCUUCUUCGGCGUCGAACGCUUCGGCCGCAAGAAGCCCCUUCUCGUUGGUAUCUUUAUGAUGUCGGGCUUCCUUUGGAUCAUCGGCGCCAUCUUCAACACCAACGAGCCCGACCCGAACGCUACGAGCCCCUCUCAGGCUUCCAUCGCCAUGGCUGCGAUGAUCUACCUCUACGUCAUCCCUUACUGCUUCUCCGUCGGUCCUCUCCCUUGGGUUAUCUGCUCCGAAAUCUUCAACAACCGCACUCGCCACUACGGCCUGAUGAUCACCGCGAUGUCCCAGUGGCUCUGGAACUUCGCGGUGAGCAUGGCUACCCCCCACAUGGUCAAGAAGCUUCCCCACGGUGGAAUCUUCUUCUUCUUCGCGGCCAUCAACAUCAUCUCGUUCCUUCUCGCCCUCUUCUUCCUCCCGGAGACCAAGGGUGUGUCUCUCGAGGCUAUGGACAUCAUUUUCGGCCUCGUUACUGCUGAGGAGCGCGAACACGACCUGGCUGCCGCCGCACGUGGCCUCCACGUUGAGAAGGACGGCUCGGAGGCUCACACGAAUGAGGUCAGGUACGACCGCGACCGCAGCGACAAGGUCUAA